CCAAAUUUCAGAUUUCAGGAGUGCCUGAAGAUUUACCUAGCGGCGCUCAAGCCCCUUGGGUACGAGGCUCGACGGCAAUUCGGUGAGACUGUUGUGGCACUUGGCUCGACUUUCGACGAAGGGAACUGUCCUCCUGCUGACUUUUGGGUUAUUGGAACCAAUGACCCUACUGCACGCAUCGCACACCUUGCGUUUCGCGCACCUGAUCGUAAAUCUGUUGAUGCUUCUCAUGAUAACGCUAUCAAUGCCGGGAGUAGGGAUAACGGUAAACCUGGCUUGCGAACAUCAUACCAUCCCAACUACUACGGGGCAUUCGUGAUCGAUGCGGCAGGAAAUAACAUUGAGGCCGUGUGUCACAAUCCUUAG